AAUCUUGCCCGCUUCACAGCGGUAGUACAGAGAACGCACCGGGGAGUGAAACACCAAUUUGCCGGCAGAAGAACACCAAAAGGUUCACUUUUAUGGUCGGAAAAAACAAACAUGAUGUUGAUAUUAUCCUGGCAACUAAUGACAAGGUGAAACCCUAAACGAUUGAGAUAUAGCCUUAAAACCGUUCAGGAAUAGGAGCAGUGGAGUAUCCGAGGCUCUGAAAUAUUUUCUGGGACUUGAGUCUUUGAAAAAAAAAUAUAUAGAUUAUCACCUGAGAACAAUUAGUGCUUUAACGAAAGGAAGUGGACACGUCGUUCAACUUGUGCCGGUUGACAACGGGGGCAAUUUGGGAGGAUCUCGGGUUAAUCGGACACCCCAGCGGCCCGUGUCCAAAUCAGCGACAGAAGCCGGGGUGUCGGCUUGAGAGAGUGGUCGGGUGGAACGUCUCCAACGCUGAGGUAAUAGCGUCAGACGAACAGGAGCUGCGUUGAGAUUUGACCAUUGGGAGCCGGGGACAGAGACCUCAUGAAUGGAAAUCGGAACUUCAGGAGAUGUUGGGGCCCAGGCCCUGUUCUCAGUGCCGCGGCGGCCUGGCUUUGGCACCAUGGGGAAGCCCAUCAAGCUGCUGGCCAACUGCUUCCAGGUGGAUAUCCCCAAGAUGGACGUCUACCUCUAUGAAGUAGACAUCAAUCCCGAGAAGUGCCCGCGUCGCGUCAACAGGGAGGUGGUGGACUCCAUGGUGAAGCACUUCAAGGUGACCAUCUUUGGGGACCGAAGGCCAGUCUACGAUGGGAAGAGGAGUCUCUACACAGCCAACCCCCUACCAGUCGCCACAGCAGGGGUGGAUCUGGACGUCACCCUGCCAGGAGAGGGGGGUAAGGAUCGCCCCUUCAAAGUGUCCAUCAGGUUUGUGUCGCUAGUCAGCUGGCACAUGCUGCAUGAGGUCCUGACAGGGCGCACCAUGCCUGAGCCCUUGGAGCUGGACAAGCCCAUCAGCACCAACCCUGUACAUGCUGUGGACGUGGUGCUGCGACACCUGCCCUCCAUGAAGUACACCCCAGUGGGGCGCUCCUUCUUCUCCGCCCCAGAGGGUUACGAUCAUCCCCUGGGCGGGGGUAGGGAGGUGUGGUUCGGCUUCCACCAGUCUGUGCGGCCCGCCAUGUGGAAGAUGAUGCUCAACAUUGACGUCUCGGCCACGGCUUUCUACAAGGCCCAGCCGGUGAUCCAGUUCAUGUGCGAGGUCCUGGACAUCCACAACAUAGACGAGCAGCCCCGGCCCCUCACCGACUCCCACAGGGUCAAGUUCACCAAAGAGAUCAAAGGUCUGAAGGUGGAAGUGACCCACUGCGGGACGAUGCGGAGGAAGUACAGAGUGUGUAACGUGACCCGCCGCCCUGCCAGCCACCAGACGUUCCCCCUGCAGCUGGAGAAUGGUCAGACAGUGGAGCGCACGGUGGCCCAGUACUUCAGAGAGAAGUACAGCCUGCAGCUGAAGUACCCCCACCUCCCCUGCCUCCAGGUGGGGCAGGAGCAGAAACACACCUAUCUGCCCCUGGAGGUGUGCAACAUAGUAGCUGGCCAGCGUUGUAUUAAAAAACUCACUGAUAACCAGACGUCCACCAUGAUCAAAGCCACGGCCCGCUCUGCCCCAGACAGACAGGAGGAGAUCAGCAGGCUGGUGCGGAGUGCGAACUAUGAGGUGGACCCGUUCGUCCAGGAGUUCCAGUUCCGCGUGCGUGACGAGAUGGCGCAGGUGACGGGCCGUGUGCUGCCAGCCCCCGGGCUGCAGUAUGGCGGCAGGGCGAGCUCGGAACACUUCAUGCCCCAGCAGGUGAACCCUGUGGUGUCUUUGCAGAACCGCACGGUGGCCACGCCCAGCCACGGCGUGUGGGACAUGAGGGGCAAACAGUUCCACACUGGGGUGGAGAUCAAGAUGUGGGCAAUCGCCUGCUUCGCCACGCAGAGGCAGUGUCGCGAGGAGAUCCUCAAGGGUUUCACAGACCAGCUGCGUAAGAUCUCUAAGGAUGCUGGGAUGCCCAUCCAGGGCCAGCCAUGUUUCUGUAAAUACGCCCAGGGAUCAGACAGUGUGGAGCCCAUGUUCAGGCACCUGAAGAACACCUACGCUGGCCUGCAGCUCAUCAUCGUCAUCCUACCUGGGAAGACCCCUGUCUAUGCUGAGGUAAAGCGGGUUGGAGACACCCUCCUCGGCAUGGCCACUCAGUGUGUCCAGGUGAAGAACGUGGUGAAGACGUCCCCCCAGACCCUUUCCAACCUCUGCCUCAAGAUCAACGUCAAACUGGGGGGCAUCAACAACAUCCUGGUCCCACACCAACGUCCCUCAGUGUUCCAGCAGCCUGUUAUCUUCCUGGGGGCCGACGUCACUCACCCUCCAGCCGGAGACGGAAAGAAGCCAUCCAUCGCAGCGGUGGUGGGCAGUAUGGAUGCCCACCCCAGCAGGUACUGUGCCACAGUGAGGGUCCAGAGACCCAGACAGGAGGUGAUCCAGGACCUGGCCUCCAUGGUGCGGGAGCUCCUCAUCCAGUUCUACAAGUCUACCCGCUACAAACCCACCAGAAUCAUAUUUUACAGGGAUGGUGUGUCAGAGGGACAGUUCAGACAGGUGCUGUACUAUGAGCUGCUGGCCAUCAGGGAAGCCUGUAUCAUGUUGGAGAAGGAGUACCAGCCAGGCAUCACCUACAUCGUGGUGCAGAAACGCCACCACACACGCCUCUUCUGUGCAGACCGCAAUGAGCGGGUUGGACGGAGUGGCAACAUUCCUGCAGGCACCACUGUGGACACAGAUAUCACUCACCCCUAUGAGUUUGACUUUUACCUCUGCAGCCACGCAGGAAUACAGGGUACGAGCCGACCAUCCCAUUACCACGUCCUGUGGGACGACAACUGCUUCACGGCUGACGAGUUUCAGCUGCUCACCUACCAGCUGUGCCACACCUACGUCCGCUGCACCCGCUCUGUCUCCAUCCCCGCGCCAGCCUACUACGCCCACCUGGUGGCCUUCCGUGCCCGCUACCACCUGGUGGACAAAGAACAUGACAGUGCGGAGGGCAGCCAUGUCUCGGGGCAGAGUAACGGCCGAGACCCCACGGCCCUCGCCAAGGCUGUUCAGAUUCAUCACGACACGCUGAGGACUAUGUAUUUCGCCUGAGAGGUAGAAUACCCCACCCUAUCAGCCUCUGUGUCCUAGUGGGGGUCAGCCAUCGCAUAUCGGCUGGCGCAGCUCUGGUCUCGAUGAGGGGAUGCCAAGCCGCGAAGGAUAACAACAACCAGAGGGGAGUACAGCAACGUUAUGCAAUAUGAAACCAGCCAAUCCUCUCCCAGCCUGUUCUCCUUUGCUGUGUUUUUAAUUAAUGGAUCGUCUCUGAUACUGCUCCUUGAGCUGUGCUCAACUUUUGCUUUGUCUUACUUUCAAAAUGCCAGAGUGUAGAAGACAAGACCGGGGAAUUGUUAAAGAUGGUUUCAGGGGUUGGGUGGGGACAUAGCAGGUCCAGUGAGGAUCAUUCUUGUUCCUCAACCCAGUGCUGAUAUGAUGACUUGCCUAUCCAUGUUCAAUCGUAUAAAUUGUCCUCUUUUAAAUGUCUUCAUUAGCUUGUUGUCGUUAUAUGUGCGUCUUUGUAUGUUCUGUAGUCUGAUUGCCAUGGCGAUGCCUGUUAGUCGAGAACGCUUGUGAAUCACAGCUAUGCCCUUUUUCAUAGGGCAAGCUGCUCGCCCAGUUACUCUGCUCUCUUUAAGCCAAUGGUGAUUUACUUGCAGUCAUUGCGCCUGUCAGAGUUUAACACGGCAAUCUCUAUCUCUAUCAAAAGGCAUUUACAAAAAAUAUAUAUGUUUUACAGCUAUUGUUUGUCGUACUUUUAGAAUAUCAACCCUGGCCACACCAUGGACCUACUCAGAACCUUUACAGAGUUCACUGUGGUAGCUACAGAUUUCACUCUCUUUGUUUUUAUUAUUAUUUAUCCUUCUGUGAUUUGAGAUUAAUCUUAUUUAUCAUUCAUUUUCAGCAAUAGAGCACUGUUCGUUUUGUCAAAUUUGAACUAAGGAACUGAUGUCACACCUUUUAGUGCAAUAAGUCGUUAAUGCAUAAAAAGGGUUCUAUGGUUAACAUAUCGAUUUGUAUAUUUUUGGGCCAUUAUGACCGGAUAUGGGCAGGUGAUAACGGAUAAAGAAUGUAAACUGGGGCAAGGACAUGACACAAUACGUGUUUUUUAGUAAAUGGAGUAAAUUAUGUGCCCGUUUUUAGGUGGAAAGAAGCAUUUGAAAGACCAAGGAUGUAUCUAUUUUAGUUGGAGCUCCUCUGAGAUCACUUAAUUAGUUUAGUUAUACAGUCAAAUAAUCUCAUCCAGGCAUUACUGUCAGCAUGAUAUGUUGUCUAGGAAUGUCUGGGGUUAGAGAGCACAGCGUGUAUGGCUGCAUGGAUUCAGUUUCAUGAUUUCAUUUUUAAUGUGAAUUAUUUUUUAAUAUGUAGACUGAUCAAUUGAAGGUGGGGACAGUUAGCUAACAGAUCUGUAUGGUUCAUUGUAACCCUCUAGUCGAGGACUCAUUUUGCACUGUUCAAAGUAAGCCUUCAAAUUCCAGAGUUUUAUCAAGCCGUUUUGUCACAUUUUGAAGGGCUUUGCCUUGCUGUGCAGUAUCCUCCAGGCGAGGCCUUUGGUUUGGUCAAGCUGGAACGAGAUGAAACUCAAUGUGCCUCGUGGGAUUGUGAGGGGGAGGACUGGGGUCAUCUGCAUGGGGCUUGAAGCAUGGGUGGUAUGAGCUUUGUCCGACUGGGACACAGGUGAUCCCUGCUCUCACUGUAAAAGAGGCAGUGUUGUAGCAUGGCCAGCACUCUGCCACACUCAUUGUCCUAUAGCUACGUGUUACCAGAAACCAAACUAGCUGCUAUACCACAUGUUAUUUUGUUCAUAUAUAUUCCUACAAAGAGAGACUAUAAAAAUAUAUGACAAUUUACUGCACUUAAAGAUGCAUGUGUUUCAGAUGAGACACAUACCCUGGUGCUGAGAGGUGCAGUAUGGGGGGGGGGGGGGGGUAGUAGAACCCCCUCUGUUGUAUUCAGACAUUAUGAGCUUCGUGUUUUAAAGGAUCAGGUGUAAUAGUAGAGAGGACUUUCCACUUAUAAUACAGGGGACAUGCUUUCAUUCCCAGAGGGUGUGGUCUUUUAGUCAUCAGUAUCCCGGGGGCCAAACUGUAUGUGUGAAUUAAGUCCCAGCAAAAUGUCAGACAUUACCAGCAUCUGAUUUUAUUUAAAGAACAGUGUCGGUAUGAUCUCAUCAACUGUAACUGUGUGCUAAUGUGUAGCUGCCCUGCUUGUGUGAUAAAACAUUUAAAAAAUGUCUGUACAGCAGUAAAACGGGAAGGAAUUAUCUCUCUACGAUGCCACGGAAUUGACCUCUAGAGCCCAGUGGGCGGGGUUUUGCAUCUAGGAGGGGGGGGCGUUGUGAACUUAUGCUGCCGUUCGUGGGAGGUGGGAAUUUACCAGUUGUGAAGUCGGAAAUACUAGUGGUAUGCAUUCACGUGCUUUGAACUCAUUGAGAAAUGCCGAUUGGCUAAUGGCUAACAAGCUGUGUAAACCAUAAAUUAAAAGUACAGCUCUCAUGCUUGCAAACAAAUUAAAGGGUUCAAAAACCAUGUUAAUAGAUUGCUAUUUAGAAAUGUUUUGUUGCAUUUAACUUCCGAAAAUGCUGUUAUCGAGGUCAUUUCCUUAGUAGGUGACAGAGGUCAUCAUGUGGGAGCACAGGAUGAUGGACAAAUUUACCACUAGUAAUUAGCAGUUGGCGGGCCAUUCAAGUGGAUUUUCCCAGUUGUAUGUGGUGAAUUCCCACUUGGUUUACGAAUGCAGCAUUAUUCUGAGGCUGGGGGAUAAUACAGGGGAGACGCGUGGCAGCCUACAGUGCAUUCGGAAAGUACUCAGACCCUUUUUCUACAUUUUAUUACGUUACAGCCUUAUUCUAAAAUAGAUUUUCUCCUCAUGAAUCUACAAAUACUACCCAAUAAUGACAAAGCAAAAACAGUUUUUUGCACAAAAAUUAUACUUUAUUUACAUACGUAUUCAAACCCUUAGCUAUGAGACUUAAAAUUGAGCUGUGGUAAAUUCAAUUGAUUGGACAUGAUUUGGAAAGGCAAAGACCUGUCUAUAUAAGGUCCCACAGUUGACAGUGCAUGUCAGAGCAAAAUCUAAGUGAUGAAAGUUGAAGGAAAUGUCUGAGCUCCAUGACAGGAUUGUGUUGAUGCACAGAUCUGGGGGAAGAUACCAAAAAAUGUCUGCAUUAUUGAAGAUCUGCAAGAGCAUAGUGGCCUCCGUCAUUCUUAAAUAGAAGAAGUUUGGAACCACCAAGACUCUUCCUAGAUCUGGCCACCUGUCCAAACUGAGCAAUCGGGGGAGAAGGGCCCUGGUCAGGGAGGUAACCAAGAACCCGAUGGUCACUCUGACAGAGUUCCUCUGUGGAGAUGGUUGUCCUUCUGGAAGGUUCUCCCAUCUCUGCAGCACUCCACCAAUCAGGCCUUUUAGGGUAGAGUGGACAGACUGAUGUAUUCCUCAGUUGAAGGCACAUGACAGCCCGCUUGGAGUUUGCCAAAAGGCAACUGAAGAUUCUCAGACCAUGAGAAACAAUAUUCUCAGGUCUGAUGAGACCCAUAUUGAACUCCUUGGCCUGAAUGCCAAGCGUCAUGUCUGGAGGAAACCUGGCACCAUCUUUACGGUGAAGCAUGCUGGUGGCAGCAUCAUGCUGUGGCAAUGUUUUUCAGCGGUAUGAACUGGGAGACUAGUCAGGAUCGAAGAAAAUAUUAACAGAGAAAAGUACAAAGAGAUCCUUGAUGAAAACUUGCUCCAGAGCGCUCAGGACCUCAGACUGGGGCGAAGAUUCACCUUCCAACAGGACAACGACCCUAAGCACACAGCCAAGACAACGCAGGAGUGGCUUCAGGCUUCAGGACAAGUCUCUGAAUGCCCUUGAGUGACCCAGCCAGAGCCCGGACUUGAACCAGAUGAAACAUCUCUGGAUAGACCUGAAAAUAGAUGUGCAGCAACGCUCCCCAACCAACCUGACAGAGAUGGAGAGGAUAUGCAAAGAACAACAGGAGAAAAUCCCCAAAUACAGGUGUGCCAAGAUUGUAGCGUCAUACCCAAGAAGACUUGAUGCUGUAAUUGCUGACAAAGGUGCUUCAACAAAGUACUGAGUAAAGAGUCUGAAUACUUAUGUAAAUGUGAUAUUUCAGUUCCUUUUUUCUUUUUUUAAUAAAAAAUAUGUUUUUGCUUUGCCAUUAUGGGGUAUUGUGUUUAGAUUAAGGGGGGGGAUAAAAAAAUAAUAUAUAUUUUAGAAUAAGGCUGUAACGUAACAAAAUGUGGAAAAAAAUCUGAAUACCUUCCAAAUGUAUUGUAUUUCCUAUAUAAUGGCAGCCCAUUGCCUAUGUAAUGCACUGCUCUUGACCAAGGCUCUGGGAAAAUGUAGUGUGCUAUGUAGGGAAUGGGGUGGCCCAUAGCGCACUACUUUUUGUCAAGAGCCCUAUGUAGGUAAUCAGUGGCAUUUGGGACUCAACCAGGCUCCUCCAUGUGAUGCCCUCCCCUCUAAACGCUGGACAUCAGAUGCCUUCUUUCGUGUUGUUCUAAACCAUUUAAAAUUCUGAAAUUGAGAUAUAUUUGUAUAUUAUAAUGAACACUUAUUUUUGCUAACAAAUUCUAUAAAAAUAGAACAAUAAUAAUAAAAUAUAGAAGACAAUGGUAAUAUGGUCACUAAUAAUAAUAAUAAUAAUAAUAAUAAUCCAAAUGCAAUAGACUGAUGUGGUGUUUAUUUGUUCCAUGUCAAAGCGAAGCGUGUCGUACCGAAGCUACAUCUGUAGCAUUUAAAUGACCUACUGUGAGGGGGAUUGCAGAUUUUUUUUUUUGGGGGGGGGGGGCAGGUGUUGUUCUGUAGUGACUGAUUGGAUGAACCUCCCCCUAUUUCCCAUCACCCUCCUCUCUGUUCAUUGAACUAAUAAUCUCUGGAGAGUAGCCUAGCUUCCAUUCAGUAGAUUCCAUUCAUCUCACAGAGCCUGGUCUACUAGAACAGGUAGUGAAUGUGACCUCCAUUUUUGUCUGAUUUUGUGUGUGUGUGUGUGUGUGCGCAUUCCCAAAGUUUUUUGGGGAAAGGGUUGAAGGUUCAUCCUUGGACAAAACUCCAUAGACCCGUGCCUUUUUCUAAUGGUGCUGAAAACAAGUAAAUCAAAGAAGAUCUCUUACUUUCAAAACAUUGAGGGCAAUAUGCCCCUCUCUACAUUGAUACGUAUAUAUUGAUACAUGACAAUACUGUCCAACAUGUGCAUGUAUGUGUGCGCCUGGGUGUCUGUUUGUGUGUACCACUGACAUACUGUAUGCCAAGAACACAACAAUAUGCAGAACCAAUCAGUUUUGAGGUGUCAGGACCAAAAAAGCUUGUGGGGAUGAUAAGGUGGGCAGGCACUCACAAUGCACAACCAAAAAUGUUGCUUUUAAUAACUAGACACUACAGUGGAUAUUUUAGACUGCCUCCCUAGUGGCAAACUGUUUACUGUAAUGCAUGUGGUUUUCAGCCCUGGUUCCCUUUAAUCAUUUAGUAGAUGUUCAGGGAUGGUAUGUUCUAAAGUGAAUAGCAAUAAACAAUGUGAUUUUAGGCUCUGAGCAACUGGCUGUUGGGUUACACGAGGAUUGCUUCCCAAAUGCCACCCUAUUCUCUUUAUAGUUCUCUAAUGUUGGCUCUGGUCAAAGUAGUGCCCUAUAUAGGAAAUAGGGUGCCAUUUUGGGAAGCAAUCCUGGUGUAACCCAACCAUUAUUCUAGGCUAGACAGAAAAACAUGUUAUAUUUGUUUAGAACCACUGCUCUGGCGUUCUGCAUUUCUUCUGAAGGUCUUUAUUGAAGAGCGUUGACGUGUUACAGCUAGAGGUUUAUAGACCGAGAACAACAUGCAGUGGUCCAGUUGUGCCACAUGAGUGCCCGCUUGCCUAAGAAAGGAUUCCUCUGUAAAUCUCCAAACCCUGCAUCUCUAUUGUGGUUGGCUGCAUAUCGUACUUAAUAAGAUACAACUGACAAAUUGCUUCGGUAACAGUAUGCUCUAGAUUUUUUGCCUGAUUAUGAAAUUAUUGUGACACUUUUAGAAGUGUAAUUAUAUGUAAAAAAAAAAUUUUUUUUUGCCUGAUCCUGGUCCUAAGUUGAGCCUUUUUAUUUGGUUGUCAUAUUUAAUUGUUUUAAUUAAAUACUGUAUGUAUGAAA